AUGGACACGGACGAAGAUAACAUUUUGGACAAUUGGGAAAAUCCACCCUCAUCUGGUAGCGAAAUGUCCAGAAAUGGCGGUAUUGUCCAGACGCAACCAACAGCAAAUGCAAUCGGCGAGCUCGAUAUUCACGUACAGCCAUCAAUGCCCACUACACACGAAAGCCGACACGACCAAGAAACAGAUAUUCACGCACAGCGAUCAGCCUCCACUACACCAGAAGCAGCGAACGAGCAGGAAACAGAUCUUAACGCACAGCCAUCAGCCUCCACUACACACGAAGCGGCACACGACCAAGAAACAGAUCUUAACGCACAGCCAUCAGCCUCCACUACACACGAAGCGGCACACGACCAAGAAACAGAUCUUCACGCACAGCCAUCAGCGUCCAUUACACACGAAGCGGCACACGACCAAGAAACAGAUCUUAACGCACAGCCAUCAGCGUCCACUACACACGAAGCGGCACACGACCAAGACACAGAUUUUCAAGCACAUCCAUCAGCCUCCACUACACACGAAGCGGCACACGACCAAGAAACAGAUCUUCACGCACAGCCAUCAGCGUCGACUACACCAGAAGCAGCGAACGACCAAGAAAAAGGGAACGAUCCUGAAGCAAGUCGUGCACCAACUUCGCUAGAUAGUCCCACACCACCUGCAGAUCUAGAUCAUCUGAUAUCAGCUCCACCAGAAGGUUGGCAACUCAAUUCUAAAACUUAUUUUCAGAAGGUAGCACAUCUGAUCAAAUGGUGCUUCAACAAAAAAGAAGUGAGAAAGGCACACGUCCACCAUUACCAAGAACGCCUGAGAAAGGCAGAACUACGACGAACACCUGAAGAACGGAAUUACUGGGUGGUUCCUGAUCCAACAAUUGAUGCCUCCAUGCUGAUGUUGGGACGGCAGCGAGAGAUUUUUAACAUGGAAGGAUUUGCUCGUGCAUUUCCACAAACAAGUGCUCAUUUAGAAAAUCUGCGGAAAAAUGCAAAUGUUCGGGUGAUGCGAGACCGUUGUCCAUUUUCCCUAGCGGUGCAAGCCCUCAGAGUGAAGAGCGGAGAAGCGGAGGAAGAAGUUGAAGAAGAACAGGAAUUAGACAGGGACGGAGAUCCUGCAAAUCCGCCACUAAGUUCCCAAACGUAUUGGACUAAAAUUAAGACUUGGCGGCCAUGGUAG